CUUGCCUUCGUAUUUAUGUCAUUAAACGCUACAAAGUGCGAAAAAAGAGAAAGUUUCCUCAAAGAAAGUGUAUAAUUUGGUAGCAACAAGCUAGUUUAAAGGAUUUCUUCUUGUUGUUUUCAAAUUAACGGUCAGAAACACAGAGGUAGUUGAACGCGGCACACGCCUCGUACAGUUACACAUACACUUUAAUUUUGCGUUUAUAAAAAGCGGACGUGUGCCGUUUUUAGUGUCGAUGCACUACCGCGUAUAUCAAGAAUUAUAUGUGAUAUAAAUCUUCCAAAAAGUCUGAAAUUAAAGGGACGAUAUCUAUGUUUCGGUGUCGCGCGCGCACAUCUGACAGAAAAUAACGGUUUGACAAAAGCUACAAAAACUAGCAGUGGAUUAGCCGUAAAUUGGGGUGCAUGCCUGAGGCAAAGAAAGACCCAGAACAUCAGCUUGGUGAAAGAGCUCUCUUGUGAAGAACAGAACUGAUGCAGCCAUAGAUUUCUGAGAAUCAUACACGUAUUUAACCAUUCUCUACUGAUAUUCCACUUGUUUGAUAUUCAGAAGCAUGAGUGGUAGAAAUCGGACAGGUGCUUCAGCCAGCCAGCUGUGCCAUGCAUCGUCCUUUUCCGCUCAGCCGCCUCGUGUGCUAAUAGUCGACACCUCACCACCUUGGUGGUCAGAGACACGUUCGGUCCUGUGUGAGGCCCUUGAGAACUUCCUCACUUUGGCAAGCAGUAUGGAGGGACCUUGUCGAGUACCUCUGCUCAGUCUCUAUGCAGUGAACCUGCAGCAGGAGUGUCUGCUGCCAUUUGUGCAGGUGAAGGGGAAUCUUGUGCGCUUACACUCAUGUGUGGAGGAGCUGCGUUCUCUGCCUACGGAGGGCUGUAUACAGCCACAUGUCGAGCUUCUUAAACAGUCAGUGCUGGACAGCCUGCAGCAAUACAAACAAUUCAUCUGCCAUGCUAACCCGGGGAACAGUGUGUACAGCAGGUCUAUAGAUGUGACAGUAGUGAGCAGUGAACCGGGCCAGGCUGUACUCAGGCAGAUGGAACGGGGCCUGAAGGACUGUGACCUGGUCAGCCUGCGACGACUGGUGGUUGUCCACAUUACCGUAGAACAGAACCUUUCAGACAGAGAGCCAACCUGGAGCCCAGAAUCCUGCUCUGCAGAGGGCAUGGAACACCCAGACGAUGAUAUUAUGCUAGGAGCUGAGAUGGACUUGCAGCUAGUGGAGAACAGUGUCAUCGCUGUGGAGAACAUUCUGAAAGCAUGGCUUCAUGACCAAACAGGAGACAGAGAGCACCUUCAGCUCCUGUUACCUGCAUCAGUUCACGCAAACAGUCCAAAACCCAUUCCUGCUCACAGACCUGAAGCUGUGUGUAUAAAGUGUGACAUGCAGGAAACGCUUGUGAGCCCAGCUCUUCUCCCCUUCACCCCUGACCUUGGAGCCAAAACUGAGAACAUCCGGGACUUCCCUCCAGCAAGCCAGAGCCAGUCCAAUCACAACUCGGGACCGCAGAGACUCCGAGUUAUCAAAGCUCUGCGUGCAGAAGGAGUGUGCCAGUCUGUUCUGUACGGCCUUCCACUAGUCAUCAGACCAACAACUUGCUGGCAGCUGGACUGGGAAGAGAUGGAGAGCAACCAUCAGACCUUCCAUGCUCUCUGCCACACACUCCGAAGCCGUGACUGGUUUCUCUUAGUGCGGACAGAGACCGAGUUUCGUUCUGCAUCCAGUGUGUUUUCCUACUACGUGCUCCAGUCUUCAGCCUCCCUCGCUCUUUUACUAAAACCUGUCCUCACUCGGGAAUUAAUGCUACCUUGUAAUCUGCCUAGCGUAAAUGAGGACCCACCACUCAGCACACUCAAUAUGGUGGAGAGGUGUCUGGAGCAACUGGAGACAGAUCCUGUGUUUAACCCUCUGUGUCUGAGCUGUAAUCUCUACCCAUACCUGAGGAUGAGAGGCCUCCUCUCUCGCACCUUCAGCUCUCGCUCUCAGAGCCAAACACGAGGCCAACGUAGAGACACAAACCGACCAGCAGAGGGCUCCACACCUCGGCAGUUGCAGCAAGGUCGUGUCAGAGCCAUGGUUGCUCCUCUGGCCUCUGCAACCCCAGCCAAGAUGUCUCGCCCCCCUCUGACCCUGAGCCACUCACGGCCCUCCCUCUGCUUUGUGGACGAUGACGUGGAUUACGAUCUUCUUAUGACAAUGUGAGCGUGAGAGUGCUAAAAUAGUUUGAGUUCUGAACAGACCGUUCUUAUUUGGUUUUUGGUUAGUGUAUGUUUAGACACGACACUGGUCUAAAUUAGCAUAAACGGAUACACCACACCAUAGCACAGUGCACUGCAAAGCCAACCAGAAACUUCACUUCUUAUCUGCAUGUUUCCAUAUACUGUUUAACAGACUAACUGACAAUAGUAUUUGAAGCAAAUUCUGAAGCUAGAUAAAUUUGAGUUAAUUCACUAUUCACUCAUCUCAAUGUCCUAUGGGAAAAAAUAUACAGAUGUGUUUAUAAGUUUCAGUAUCAAGUCAGUACUCCAAACAAGACAGCCCAUUAAUAAUUUAAAACAAUUCCUAAGCACCACAAUUUUUAACGAGUCAGGGAUUAAACAGGGUUUGUUCCACUCACUGGUCUCUAUUAGAGGACAACAUGGCAGCCUUACAGUGCAGCACACACCAGCUGUUUAUGCGUCUGCAGCUGUUAAACAUUAGAGCAGAUAAAAUGCCUCAUUCUUUGCUAAAACACUGGGGAAAAAAUGAUAGACAUUGUUAACGCCCCUACUUUGGCCCUAGAUGGUAAGAACAUAAGCACACAAAAUAAAGCAGUUUUAAAGCAAGAUUAAAACUGCUUUAAAAUUAGUAUUGCCAAAUUGGUUGGUCUGGCUCUCACACACACACACACACACACACACACACACACACACACACACACACACACACACACACACACACACACACACAUA